AGAACUCCCCAGAUGGGAAAAUGUGAGCCACUCAGGGAGCCCCAUGGCUCGCUUCACAAACUGUCUUCUGAAAAACAUCUUUACCAGAAGUCAGUUUGACAGCGCCAAGAGGAGACAGUGCCUUCAGUAUCUCAACGCUCUGAGAUCGCUGCAACACAAUGGAUACAAGACCGUGUAUUUUGGGGAAACUGAGAUCCCAGAAACUCUUGUCACUGGGGAGGACUUUAGUGACAGCUAUUACAUUCACACACCAUCGUGGUGUAUCCUACACGCUGGGGGCAGUCAAGGAUGGGUGCCUUGGAAAUAUCGCAUGUUCCUGAGAAAUGACCUGUGCAUCAAGAAGGAAGACAGCCUGUUCUUGGAGUUCUGUGAUGUUGUGAAGAGGGCCUAUGGCAAGUGUGCCAUCGUGGUCAAAGGGAGAAGGCAGCAAGAUGAGAUGAAGCCAAAGACAGACAAGGAGGGGGAGGCCAAGGCCUAUGUCCCAACAAGCAUUAAUUUAACAAGCAUUGCGUGUUCCCCGGGAGUGGCCAAGUCCUACGGCCAUGAACUCAUCUCUCUGCCUCCCUACUAUAAUUAUCUGAACCCCUUAGACUCAGCCUGGUCUUCCAUGAAAUGGUUUAUCAUAAACAACCGGAAGGAGUUUUGUCUGCAGUCUGUUGACAAUGUCUACACUUAUCGAUACAUACUCUUCAGUGACUUAAUAAGCAAAGGGAUUGAAAAGGUUAACCUGACCAAGUGGAAGGCCAUAACCAACAAGGUGCGCAGGUGGGAGAACUAUUAUCUUGCCAAGUUUUCUUAAGGGUGUCUGUUCCACAAAGCCCUGAGCUGUAUGCUCUUUGCUGCUAACUGUGGAGUCUGAUUCUGACUCACCAUCACCAAAACCACACUCUAGGGGUGACCUUGAGGGAUUACUGCCUCAACGGGGAGGUUCUUGAGGGCUACCAGCAAAGUCCUGGGGUUGACAGAGGCUCCAUUAAAGUUUGUUGAUAAGUACAGGGUAUCAACUCUCAUCUUGUGAUGGCUACCCUGAGGACCACGUUUAUGGGAGUUAUUGGGAAGACUCUAGCACAGUGGAGGGUACUGGCGGGCAGGAUUAAAGGAUGUGUGAUCAAAAUUUAGGUCUAAGAAGAAAAGAGAACAUCAACAACAAAAAAGAACACUCUGAAUUAAAUACUAAGCCAAUAAACUUCAGGUUAAAUAAUCCACAAGCAUCCGCCUUGCCAUGAGCAAGAGACACGUGCAUACAGUGGUCCAGCCGGGGCUAUCCCUCUGGGAGGUAGUGGUGGUGAGAGGCAACUGCGAGGUAGUCAAACCGCUCCAUAUGUCCAAGGCAAAUGGGUGGGGCCAAAAGGGAGCCAUGGAGACAUCAAAGGUUCAAGGGGUCUUAGGUCAAGUGGGGGAUGGGAGGACGAUGGAACCCACAUAUCCAACCUGCAAGAAUCCCAUCCGGAGAGUCCAAAGGCUGCCACUGCGUCUAUCUCAGGCCUCUGAGCUGAGCUACUGCAGUUGGCACAACACCCUGCUCAAGCCCCAGGGGGCGCUGUGGGCCGGAAGGGUCUGUGCUUGCACGUCUGCUACAGGAAAAGCCCGGCGCCUGUGAAACCGACCACAAAGCGCCUUUUUCCUUAUGUAUGCUCAAGCAAUAACUUCACAACAGAAGUAGUUACUCUGAGGUGCAUAAAAUGACAACCUACACAGGAAAAUAUGGACAGCCACGAGGCAGGAGCAGAAAGGGCACAAGAACUCUACUUGGUCUUCAGUUUUGCUGAACCUAGAAAAAAAAAAAAAGCUCUAAAGACAAGUCUGUAAAAAACUAGCGUAUGAAGAUGUCCACCAGCUCCCGGCGGAUUUGACUGUGGGUGGAGUUGCGAAGCCAGGCCGCUGCCAAAUGCAGACUGCUCCAUAUUCCAAUCUUGUCCUCCUCUUCUCUGGAAUCUUCCUGUGUUAUUCAGAAAGAGGCCGUGGGAUGAACAGAGCCACCUGGAGCGUUAAUGCUCUUCAGGAGUAAGCGGUGGGUUCUGCAGUUUUCUCAAGUUGGAGAAAAGGGGAUUUAACACACAUCUUAUCUAAAGGGUGCCGCACCCCAAACUGCCUAUCACUUGGACCUACAAAGUUCACCUGUUGCAGAUCCAACUCUUACACCGUGCUGUGUGAGCUGGUGGCUGCCGUAUCAAAGGAUUGCACAUUUGGUGGCUGGAAGCAGCAAUCCACUCUUUGCUAUGCUGGCUAUCGGGAGUCAGACAUCAGUCUCACUGAUGUGAAUCAAGCUGUAAGCAGCAUGGCUGUACUGCCGGGGGCUCUAGGGAAGGCUGCCACAAGUGUCUCCCAGGUUCUGAUGGCCCACUUACCCUUGGCUAGAGUCAUCUGCUGUCCAAGAAGCAGAACCUGAUGAAUAGGUUCCACAGGGCUCUGGUCUAGCCAGGAAUGCCGGAAGUGUUAAAGGCCCUAGAAGAGAAGUGAGGAGGUUUGGGAGGCCUGCGCAGGACAGGUAGCAGAGGUCUCUUCCUGUGAAUGGUCAGCUACGGCAGCAUCGAUAGCAACAGCCACAGUGGCAGCACCAGUGGCAGGUGCCACAGGGUCGGCAGCGUGAACCUGGCCAGCUAGGCAGGUCCAAGGUCUAGCGAUGAAUGUUUCCCAAGUGUGACAGCUCAGUAAAAACAGUCUCGGAUGAUCCUCGGU